GCACCCACGGCUGUCAUGUCCCUCCUGAGUGCUGGGGGGAUGGGAGGUGGCCAUGGGCUUGGCCAGCGCAGGGUCCCGCUCCCUGCCUACCCGCCCGCCAGCCCACCCGGCCCCGGCCCCGGCCCCAUGCCACGCACCCGGGGGGACAAGGGGACCCCCAAGGACACAGAGGCCCCGGACAAGGGGAAAGGGGGGCAGGCAAGUGAGAAAACCCCCAAACCCCCUGAGAAUGGCGGCCCCCCCGGCACCAAGAGCCCUGGCUCUGAGUCCCGGCAUGGUGGCCACGGGCAGAAGAACAGCAAGAAGGGCCCCGGGGACCCCCACGCUGCCGCCAACAAGACCUACUCGCCCUUCCUCAACACCGUCUUCGGCAAGGAGCGGGAGCUGUCACCGGAGGAGCUGGACGAGCUGCUGGACGCCUUCAAGGAGUUCGACACGGACCAGGACGGGUACAUCAGCUACAAGGACCUGGGCACCUGCAUGCGCACGCUGGGGUACAUGCCCACCGAGAUGGAGCUCAUCGAGAUCUCCCAGCACAUCAAGAUGAAGAUGGGCGGCCGCGUGGACUUUGAGGACUUUGUGCAGAUGAUGGGGCCAAAGUUGCGGGAGGAGACAGCCCACAUGGUGGGCGUGAGGGAGCUCAAGAUCGCCUUCCGUGAGUUCGAUGUGAACGGGGACGGGGAGAUCAGCAGCGCGGAGAUGCGGGAGGCCAUCGCAGCGCUGCUGGGGGAGCAGCUGAAGGCGCAGGAGGUGGAUGAAAUCCUGCAGGACGUGGACCUCAAUGGGGACGGGCACGUGGACUUCGACGAGUUCGUUAUGAUGCUGUCAACCCGGUAACGAAGCCUCAGGGCAGGAGGGGGGACACCCCCCCCCCCCCAUCCCCCAUCCCUGUCAGGCGCUCCCUGCCCACCCGCCAGCCCAACCUCUCUGCCAGCAUUAGGCUUCAGAGUGAACAGCUGGAGCUGCGCCUGCAUCGGGCAACAGGGCAGACACAACACCCUCACCCCCCCCAGGCCCAACAGCCCCCAGGGGUGGCAGCAGUACUGGGGGGGGUGUGGGAUGGGCAGGGGACCCAAUAA